AAUAUAUAUAAAACAUGGUAUUUUUUAUAACUUUAAGAAAAAACUUUCACCGUUAGUGUUAACAACCACUAUGUUAUGAUCGAUCUCUAGGGAGCGAUUAUGGCCAUUGGGUAGACUUGUAUGUUAAAGAAAUAACAAGGUAGCGCAAAAGUUCUUGACGUUUAUUUUACGACCGUUUAUGUUUUAUGUUCUCGAGGGUGUGCUAUGAGGUUGUAUAAAAAAAAACCUACAAUUGAGCGAAGCCGCAAAAAAACUCCGGCAUUUCUCCGUGGGUCUGCACAACAACGUGUCUUCGCUUCUCGCGUCUUCGCUAUGGCUCCAGUAAACAACCUGACUAUUGAUUCUUACGACGUUGUAUCAGAAGCCGGCUGGCAAGACGAAUUAGAAACGUUGAUUUUUAAAACAACGGAGCCGUCGCGAUCUACGCCUAAGGUUAUCGAAACUGCUGCUGACGGAAUAUCCGAUAAAACGUCUGGUCCGCCUCAUCUACAGAGGCAAUCUGAUCCUAGUUACGUAGAAGACGUUGAGCUGAUGAGCGUCCUUGAGCCCGAACCCUUAGAGGUGACAACAUCAGGGGAGGCGGAAGCCCCCGAGCAAACUUUGAACGGGUCUACAGCAGGAGGAGCGGAGGUCUCCGAGCAAACCUUGAACGGGGCUAAAAGCAGCUCCUUGCCGGGUGCGCUUCCUCUUCAAGCUCGAGGUGAACAAGAGGGGUUAAGCGAAAGAUCCCGACCAAGUCGUCGUCGAAGAACUUCGGCUUCGCCCUCUUCAUCCUCAUCAUCACACGAGAGUCAUAUUCGACGAAGAAGAAGAAGAAGAUUGAGCUACAGGAGCGUUUCAGCACCGUAUCGCCGUUAUCACCAGCCUCCGAGGGAAGAGGUUCUCUGGGCAAUCGGUAUUACGUUUAGCGCAACUUUGCACUCGCUUCUCCGUUGAUUUUUUUUUUCUGUACCAGGGUGUUUUUUAUUUUUGUGUUUAAACUGUGUUGAAAAGUAUGGCCUUUCAUGUAAAUGUUGAUGAUGUUGAUGUUGCUACCAUUGACUUUACAGAAAUGUUAGAUAUGGAAAAUGAGCUAGUAAAUAAUGAUAACCAACACUCUUUGACGUCGUCUUUGUCUGAUUCACGGGGUCCCCAACCAGAGUUACACACACUAUCAAUAAACGUUCCCUCGGUUCCUACCACCGACGCUGCGGAUCAGCAACAAUAUCAAGUGUUAAUAAAUCAGAUAUUAUCCCUUCACCGUCCAGACUCUGUAAAUACUCAUAACACAAACUCUAUAAACAAUGAAACAGAUAAAGAGUCUCUGACAUUUCAGCUUUCUGAAAUAGAAGCUGCGCUAUUACAGUUAACAAACGGUUUACACGGCUCGGAAGAUGACGAGGUAACCUCUACAACGAAUCAUCAGCAGCAAAUAGAAUAUCAGUCAUUAAUAAAACAGCUAAAAUCCCUCCGACAGCCCGAGUCUGUAAAUGAGGACGUGCAACAUCACCAAUCACAGACAUCAACAGAUCACGCGCAUCACCAAUUAUUAUCAGAUAACGAGCCCGAGUCUUUAGCUUCACGACUCGCGCAAAUAGAAAACACGUUACUUCAUUUGGCAAGCAUAAACAAUCUUAUGCAGGAAGCUUCCACAGAUCAACCCUGUUCUGUUUCUCCCCCUUCUCAUUCCGUAAACUCAACGGUAGACAUUAUCCAGAGGCUCGAAACAGAGCAAAUAGGAAGAGGAGGUGACGAUCUCGACACCUCGGUAGUAGAACCCCCCGCUGAUCCCCCAUGCUCUAAUGAUCAAAGUAGCGCUAAUAACCCAUCGGAGACUGCCUCAGACGAACCCCGGGUGGUGACGAGGUCACGAUUUAAUAAUAUAGAAAUAAGACAGUUAUUAAAUUUGCCGCAGAGCGAGGUAGCAGAUUACGGCUCUUUUUACGGGGACGUGAUGGGUGGCGUGUUUGACAUAGUCAAUAAAGCGCUUUCAUACGCUCAGGAGGGAGACGUGAUAUAGCUAGAGUUAAGAGGCGAGAGUCUGAGAAACGGUCUCUCUUCCAUGCUACAAGUCUCCGAAGGAGCCGAUCUGUCGGUUUUCCAGGAUUUACUAGACCGCUUAGUUCAAUCUAACAUGUCGGUGUUAUGCGAUAAGACCCUAGAGCUUGUUGUUCAGAUUGUUAGAAAUCAUCGGGGCGGGGGGAAGAGGUUGUUGAAAAAAACGUUGGACUGUGAAAUCCUUAAAAAGAAGCAGAGAUUGCUCUAUUUAGUAGAAAAUCCGUCCGAUCAGUUAUGCUUCGCCAUCAACCUAGCUCAUUUGAUUCAACCCGAGAUCACUGAUGCUGCAGCCCAAACGCUCGGUCGGGAGAUUCAGAUAAAAGCGGGAUUGUCUGAGCAUACCCCUGUAUCUUUUUCAGACAUACCUAAAUUCGAACGUGUGCUGGAUUGUAAAAUUGUAGUGUUUUACAGAACCGAUGAGAGAGAGACACUGGCUAAUUUCCAUACUUCUACCCCUCAAAAAUCCACCACGUUGUUCUUAUUUCUCUUUGAGAAUCAUUACUACGGUAUAAAAAAUGUCGCGGCUUUUCUAGGUGUGCGUAAGGUCUGCGAUUUCUGCUACAAGGGCUACGAAAAUGCUCUGUCGCACAUGUGUGAAGGUCAUUGUAACGUGUGUCUGGAUUCGGGGUGCAGCCAUCACGAACCGGAAUAUAUAACGUGUCACGAGUGCAAUAGAUCCUGUCGCUCUCUUUACUGCUUAACCAUGCAUAAGGAGAAAAAUUGGCAUCCGAGAGCCGGUGUCUACGCGAGUCAAUGUGACACGGUCAAGAAAUGCUUAACGUGUAAAAGAUUGUAUUCUGUGAGUUUAACUAAACCUUCAAAACCUCACGAAUGUCCAGGCUUCAAGUGUCAGAUUUGCGGUCAGAAAACAGAGUUUAUUUCAGAAGCAGACCAGCACCAGUGUUACAUACUCCCUACGCUCAUCGAUAUACGUUACACGAGGAAAAUCGUGUUUUACGAUUUUGAAACCUUUCCAAGCCGGGACGGCACGCACACACCUUUUUUCGUGAGCACAAAAACACUGGCGGGUAAAGAGUGGUGUGCUGACGGGGUUGACUGCGCCAAAGAAUUCGUUCUGCGCUUCAGGAGGCCCUGCUACACCCGAGCCAUCUUUAUCGCUCAUAAUUCAAAAGGAUUCGACGGGUACAUUAUAAUCAACGCAAUGAUCGACCUUGGCAUAAAACCAGAGAUCGUUAUGCAGGGGAGUAAAGUGAUUCUAUUCACAGAGCCCGAUUAUAAACAUAAAUUUAUCGACUCCGCGUCUUUUCUCCCAUUCCCUCUCUCGCAGCUUCCAAAAGCCCUGGGUUUUUCCGAAAAGGUUAAAGGCUAUUUUCCACAUCGUUUCAGCUCCGAGGGGAAUCUGACCUAUGUAGGUGCUUACCCUGGCCCCGAAUAUUACGGCGUCGAUCAGAUGACCGAGAAACACAGAAGCGAGUUUCUGACAUGGUAUAGCACCGUGUGUGAGGGGACUUUCAAUUUUAGGGAGGAAGCCAGGUAUUAUUGCAGGAACGAUACCGAAAUACUCAGGAUGGCUUGCUCAAAGUUUAGAAAAGAGUUUGUAGAAGAGGCCGGGGUCGAUCCCUUUAAGUCAGCCACCAUAGCGUCGGCCUGUAUGUCUGUUUUCUGCACUCAUUUCCUACGAGAACGCACAAUCGCUAUACCUUCCCCCGACGAUUACAGGAAACAGUAUAAACGAUAUUCGGAUGCUGGUAUUCAAUGGUUAGAAUGGGUAAUGUUCAGCGAAAAUAUAUUUAUCCAACAUGCUCUGAACACGGGCGAAAAGAAGCUGGGGCGGUAUUUUGUAGAUGGUUACUCCGUGGUAAACGAUGUGCCGACAGUUUAUGAAUUCCAGGGUUGUUUUUAUCACGGCUGUACGCAAUGCUUUUCUCCACAAGACGUUAAUCCUUUAACGGGUAAAACGUACGAAUGCAUGAACGAGGAGAGUGAGGAGAAACUGCGGCGCUUACAACAUACGCACGGGGUGAAAGUCGUAGCUAUAAGAGAGCAUACGUGGGUCGAGAUGAAACAGACCCAUCAAGGUCUGCAGAGUUUUCUUAAAAGCUUUAAUCCCCCUCAGCCGCUCUCCCCCCGCGAUGCGCUGUACGGUGGCCGGACCUGCCCCGUAAGAUUGCGUUACACGACGGGUCCCUCUGAAAGCGUGAGGUAUGUAGACGUGACGUCCCUCUACCCCUAUGUAAAUUAUUCAUUCACGUAUCCGAUGGGUCAUCCUGAAAUAAUCUUUAAGGAUUUCGGAAACCCCCGCGAAUAUUUCGGAUUAAUAAGAGCUCGAGUUUAUCCGCCAAGAGGUUUAUUUUUCCCUGUUUUACCUUAUAGAUCGGCGCAAGGCCGUUUGGUUUUUACUCUCUGUCGUACAUGCGCCGACCUGAAUUUCCAGCGAGGUUCUUGCACACACACUGACGAGGAACGCGCAUUGACAGGGGUCUGGGUAACGCCAGAGUUUACUCUAGCCUUAGACAAGGGUUAUGUAAUAG